CAAAUGAUGAUCUUCUUUCUCACUUAUAUAAUAUCUCGAAGAUAGUUUACUAGUAUGUCGCCUAUUAUAGGCUAGCAUCAAGUACUCUUGUCGCUAGUUUUUCGUUCUUUAUCUCUUCGUCAUCUUUUGCUUUAUAUAUAGUUAUAGUCUAAAAGAAACCUAAAUCAACAAGUAGCCAUGGCAAAUAAUAACAACGAGGAAAAAGCUCGCCAGCUCCUACUUCAAGCAGAGAAAAAACUCGGAUCUUCGAAAGGUAUUCUCUCGUCAUUGUUUGGAAGUCCUUCCAAGACUGAAGAAGCAGCUGAAUUAUUUGUCAGGGCUGCAAAUGCAUUCAAGAUGGCCAAAAACUGGGCUUCUGCUGGACAAUGUUUUUGUAGAGCAGCCCAGCUUCAGAUUAGUCUUCAAAGUCGACAUGAAGCUGCAUCACAUUAUGUUGAUGCAGGGAAUGCUUACAAGAAAGCUGAUCCAAAUGAAGCUAUCAACAGUCUCUUGAAAGCUGUUGAAAUUUACACAGAUAUGGGUAGAUUCACUAUUGCUGCCAAACAUCAUAUUACUGUCGCUGAAAUCUAUGAGAAUGAGUUGGCUGACAUUGAGCAGGCUAUUUCUCACUAUGAACAAGCUGCUGACUAUUAUAAAGGAGAAGAAUCCACAAGUGCAGCUAAUAAAUGCUUCCUGAAAGUAGCCCAAUACUCAGCACAGCUAGAGCAGUACCAAAAAGCAAUUGAUAUUUAUGAAGAGGUUGCUGCUGCUUCAAUGGAGAAUUCCUUACUGAAAUACAGUGCUAAAGAUCAUUUCUUUCGAGCUGCUCUCUGUCACAUGUGUAAUGAUAUUGUUAAUGCUAAACUGGUGAUUCCAAAAUACGAGGAGAUGUUCCCUGCAUUCUCUGACUCAAGGGAGUGUAACUUAUUAAAGACUGUUUUGGAUUCAAUGGACAACAUUGAGGCAUUCACUAAAGCUGUUAGUGACUACGAUUCCAUAUCUCGGCUAGACCAAUGGCUGACGAUGAUUUUCUUGAGAAUCAAGAAUAAAAUCACAGAAGAGGAGGAGAACAUUUGUUAAAACUUCUAGGAUGUUUUCCUUGUUGACUGUUAGUUUUUAACCCUCUUCCUUAUUACCUCUUUUUUUCAACAAACACAUUCUCUUCCUCUCCCAUCAUUUCUUUAAUUUUAGGGUAGGAAUUAGUUACACUAUCCUAAGCACCCCCUCUCCCUUAUGCAAUUAAACUAUUACAGAGAAGUUUGUUAUCAGUAUACCCCUUUCACUGUAUUCUGUAAGAUUAGGCUACUAGUAAUCCUUUGAGAUCCUACUUUCUAAUCUAAUCCUUGUUACUUGAUGCUAUUUUUAAAAUCUCUUUCUCUCUCUCUCUCAUAUAUAUAUAUAUAUAUAUAUAUAUAUAUGUGAAGAUAUUUCAAUCAGCACAAAAAGAG